AUGGACAUCACGUUGUGUAAGCCUGGGUUUGAGUACGACUCUUUCAUCGGGAGGUGCGUGCCGGGCGAGUCGCCCUCCUGCACCCUGCGGGACUGUGUGACCUCUUGCCAGGGUCAGAGCGGUCGAGUCCCGUCGUGUCAAGCAGAGUGUUCCGGGUACUUUGACUGCAGUCAGGAUCGGGGACCACAAAUCUUCUGUCCGUCAGGCCAAGAGUUCAAUGCCCAUUCUCGUCGCUGUGAGGCGCCACCGUCACCUACUUGUAAACGUGUGACUUCUGACGUCAUGUACGGCGAUGCUCCCGAUGACAACUACUUCGACAUUGAAGACGAAAACGCCGAGGAAAAAUACAAAGAGCUGCUGAAGCAAAGCGGAGUGGUCGCCACACUGGGCCUCGAUGUGAACUCGCUGCCUCUUGGUAAAAAGAAGGCAACGAAAAGUUCCCGGAUGUCGGAGAAGGACAAGGAGACAGUUCAGUGCCAGAAGGACUGCUCAGGCUUGGCGCCCGGCCUCUACCAGUCCUGCACGGGCUGCGACAACUACCUCGUCUGCACCAAACAUGGCAUUACCCGUCUGGGCCGUUGCCCUAGCAACAAGGUGUGGGACGACAAACGCAAGAAAUGCAGGAAGACGUCCCUCACGUGCAAGUCCUCUGCUAGCAACGAGCUCGACCCUGGGACAUCUUGA